UACACUCCACACUCCUCUCAAAAUAAAAGCUCGAUAAAGCUCUCCUGAGAGUUGAGCUGCUUGCUUAGGUGUAUAAACUUUGUAUAAUUUCAUUGUGCCACCUCCAUCCACAAUAUUCUCUUUUUUUUUCUCUCGAAUUAUUUCCAUGACGAUUUUUCGCAACGGUAUGUGUUAGAGACACCUCCCCUCCCUCCCCUCUUCAAAAAAAAUGAAAAUGGUAAUACUUUAAGAUCCAAUUGUAAAGAAAAAAAUGCAAUGCGACUCCCCCUGUGGGUUGAGAGUGAGGGUGUGCAGCAGUGUCGGCGGUGUGUGUACGUGCAGCCAGACAGCACAGCUCUCGAGGUGCAGCGUGCAGCAGCUGGGAGGCAGCGUGUUAUCGCUCUGGCACGAGCAGCCGAGCCUCAUAAGCCGGACACGCUUGGCUCCCCUGGUCACAAGGGCGGCUGUAGAAAGGGUGCUUGUGUGGCGUUGCAGUUCUUCCUUCGUCUCAACUACCUGGACAUGCACCGCACCUACGGCUGUGCCGCCAACCCGCAGCGUACAAGGCCUCUCUGCGAUUUUUGCGGACGAAAGUUCUGUCAGCCUCAGAAACUGAAGGUGCACAUCAAGCGAAUGCACAGUGACGUUUCCACUUGUUCUGAGAAGAGGAGCCGAAUACGAAGCGCCAGUCUAGCGGGAGCGUCUGAGCUAAUAAGCGUUGGUGAUAUCAGAGACUUCUAA